AUGUCUGAACCGCAAAGCAGGGGUAGUAACGCUGCGGGCGCGGCUUCAAAUUCGCCGCAAAACGCCAACGGGAAAGGGACACCUCCGAAGGCGUCGCCGCACGAUGCCAAUGUUGAACUUAAGACCAAGAACCCGGAACGCGCAGGUGUGAAGGGAUCGAUUCCGCUCGGGGAGGAUAUCAUGCAGAUUGCCCGGAUAGGGGAGAUUUCGGCCAUGCAAAGGAUAUUCGAGGAGAAGAAAUUGACAGCCAACCACAAGGAUGAGGAAGGAAUCACACCGUUACAUUGGGCCGCGAUCAACAAUCAAUUUGGGAUGUGCAAGUUCUUGUUGGACUCCGGAGCGGAUGUUAACGCCAAAGGAGGGGAGUCCGUCGCCACGCCGGCGAUGUGGGCUGCUCAACGCUGCCAUUACUAUAUCGUUCACCUUCUGCUUCAGCGCGGCGCGGAUCCUCUUCUUACCGACGUUCAGGGUUACAACAUCUUACAUCUGGCAACCAUCGACGGAAAUGCGUUUUUACUCGUGCUGCUUCUACACCAAGAGAUCCCGGUGGAUGUUAUAGAUCAACAAGGCCAUACCGGGCUGAUGUGGGCGGCAUACAAAGGGUUCCCAGCAUGCGUAGACUUGUUUUUGCGCUGGGGCGCCAAUGCCAAUGCAGUCGAUGAGGGUGGGCUGACUCCUCUCCAUUGGGCGUUGGUGAAGGGAUCGCUGCCCUGCGUUCAAAAACUCAUCGAGUAUGGUGCGGAUCGGUUCGCAGAGACGAGGGAUGGCAAGGCACCGGCAACGGUGGCUUCGGAGAUGAACACUAUGCGAGUGUGGUAUCGAGCCCUCGACGAGUGCGGUUACGAGUUUGACGGAAACCCCAAGGCCCUUCCCAUGGGGUUGGGGAGCUGGGUGCGAAACAAGAGCAUCAUGUCAAAGUUCUUUUUUCUUUGGCCGUUUCUCAUGGUGUUCGUUGCUACGUGGAUCCUCAGCAACAUGCCCAUUUAUGCUUCCAUUCCCGCAAUACUCAUUACCGUAUUCGGCUUGCAGUAUGUUGCCCAAAAGGCUGCCAGUAAGGGUCCAUCCGAGUAUAGGGUCCUCCAGAGAACGCCUUAUUUGUCGGGGGUAUUUGCUGGAUCUUUGUUCUGGGUCUGUGUCAGAUACGUCCUUAAUGUGCUGCCAGUCACUUACUCUACAAACCCGAUUCUGAACGUGUUCUUUUCGCUCUCCUUCAUAACGACAACGUACUUCUACAUCAUCUCAAUGAUCGAAGACCCUGGUUAUGUUCCCAAACUAGGCAGCAGGAACCAACAGAGGUCGGUCAUUGCCGAGCUUUUUGAGUUGUGGAAAUUCGACGAAGAAAACUUCUGUGUUUUCUGCAUGAUCCGAAAGCCGUUGCGUAGCAAGCAUUGCAGGCGUUGCGGGCGAUGUGUUGCCAAGCACGACCACCAUUGCCCCUGGAUUGACAACUGCGUCGGAGCAAACAAUCUGCGCCACUUCGUAUUGUACAUUGUUUGCCUGGAGAUCGGUAUAACUCUCUUCGUGCUAUUGACGGUCUCCUAUAUCAAGAUUCUGCCGGCACCAAGUGAACUGACAUGCAGCGUCAUAAAUGAUACGCUCUGCAGCUAUGUGCUCCGUGACCCGUUCACUCUCAUUCUUGACUUGUGGAUAAGCAUUCAGCUGGUUUGGAUUACAAUGCUCUGUGCCGUUCAACUUGUCCAGGUGUCACGGAAUCAGACAACCUAUGAGAACAUGCGGGGUCACUCCAUUGACAGAAGUUACCCCAGCUCCCGAGCACUCGCUUCAGCCAUGACAGCAGGAACAACAUCGUUCGACGCAGCUGGACUUUCGGCCAGUGGACAAGGACCAAACCCACAUGGUCGUGUUCGAAAGCAUGGCUGUAUUCAACAAUGGUCGUCCCUGCUUGGCGUUGACGCCUUUUUUGCGACAGCACGGGAUGGUUUGCGCGAUGGACCGCGCGCAGCGCGGCCUCGGAACCCUUUCUCCCGGGGGAUUGUCACCAAUUGUCGAGAUUUCUGGUGUGAUCCGGCACCGUACUUUGGGAGGCGCGAAUCCGGCGCUGCGAUGCUUGAGGGUGAAAUUGUCAAUUAUAACCGGAUGUAUGAAACACCCAUGCGCAUGCGUGGUGGUGGUGGAUCAGGAUUCGGAGGUGCCUACCAGAGCGUGGCCGGCGAAGACCACGUUUGA